GCCACUUCAUUUGCCUAUUCAAAAACUUUCUCUCUCCUUCCGUUCCCCAUCUUCUUCCUGCUUGAAACCACCAUUGGAGACGGUUGAAGCUUCGCCCAACUAGCCAUUUUUUUGCAAUUUAAAAGUUCUUCCUUUACUAUUUCCUUACUCAUCUUCACUCACUUUCCUCUGCAAAAAUCUUCAAGUAAUCUUUGCCCUAAUUUUUUUGUUCGAAAAUUUGGAAUAAUCUUGUUGAAUUUUACACUUUUGCUGUAGGUCUUGUGACCUCAUAAAACCUACUUGGGAUAAUUUUGUUGAAUUUUACACUUUUUGUUGAAUUUUGUUCAAACCUAUAUUGUUGUUGAAUUUCACUUUUUUUUUUGUUCGAAAAUUCGGGAUAAUUUUGUUGGAUUUGUGAUUGGAUUUUGAUUUUAGACCUAUCUUAGGUGUGAUGGUGCACAUCUUAGAGGACCAUACCCUGGAAUUUUAUUGACAGCAGUGGGAAGGGAUGGCAAUAACAAUAUUUUCCCUGUGGCUUCGGCAGUAGUUGAGACUGAAAACGAGGAAACAUGGACUUGGUUUCUUUAGUUACUGGUAGAUGACCUCAAAUCAGUGGCUCAUGCUACUAGUUUGGUUGCAAGAAAGAGGUGAUGCAGUCACCUUUAUGAGUGAUGGACAAAAGGGUUUGUUAGAGGCUUUUCAUAAUGUGGUUCCACAAGCAGAGAUAAGCAUUAUUUCGAUAACCAAAUCAAUGAGAUCAAGGCAAUUUUGGUUGACGCAUACGCUUACUUGGCCGCCAUUCCAGCAUGUCAUUGGUCUAGACAUGACUUCCCAACGAGAUGUAAGUCCGGAAUGCUUUUAAAUAAUUGUUGAGUCUUUCAAUAAUGUUUUGAGGGAGGCAAGGGGAAAGCCAAUUAUUUUCCUAAUGGAAUGGAUUAGAAGGUAUGUUAUGCAAAGGUGUGCAGCGAAGAGGGAAGGGUUGAAUCAAAUCAAGGGUUUACUAAUGCCCUCUGUGAUGAAAGUCAUUGAAAAUCAAGCUCAAAAGGUUCAUAGCAUGAGAGUCAUUGCAGUUAAUGUGAUGGAGUUCGAAGUUGAUGAUGGUGAUGACAGUUAUGUAGUAAACUUAGAAGAUAAAAUUUGUCUUUGUAGCAAAUGGAGACUUACAGGAAUUCCAUGUAGGCAUGCAUUGGCAUAUUGGCAUGUAUAGUGAAAAGGAAAUUGGAUAUUGCCCCUUAUGUGCAUGAAGCAUACUAUGUGAGUACUUAUGCAAAAACCUAUGCUCAAACAUUCCAUGGAAUGCUUGGUCACAGGCAUUGGCCAACUUCUCAAUUGGUUAAGCCUCUUCCUCCACCUCUUAGAAAUAUGCCAGAAAGACCCACAAAAAACAAGCGAAAGCCCGAGUUUGUUGAGGGCAGAGAUGGAAUGAAGAAGAACAAGAAUUUUGUUGAAAGGGACUUCAAGCAAAACAAGUGUGGGAACUGUGGAGGGCUUGACCAUUACAAGAAGACUUGUAAAAACCCAUCCAAAUCAAAUGAGGCAUCCACUAGUGCAGCACCAGUUAAAGGAGGAAGAUCAAAACAGCAUCCUAGUAUAACUCCACCAACUACAUCAUUAUCCCCUACAGCAACUCAAACCACAACCACAACCACAACUAAUUGUGGUCAACGAAGGAUUAAACAUGUUGCAAGGAGGAAGAAGCCGGACAAGUCUACACUAACACAAGGCAGUCAACAACAAUUAAGCUAUGUUAAUGAUGUAGUAGACCAAAGUAGUCAAGUUUGAAACAUUUGUCAUAUUUUUGUGUUUGUAAUGAACCUCUAGGUCUAUACUGGAUGAUGUGUGGACUUUUUUAUAGAUGAUGUUCUAAGAGUUAUAUAUGAUGUUGUGUUUGUA